GUCAUGAGGGGCGAAAUUAUUUUAUCCCAAUAAGUGCAAGUGUAUUUAUACUAAUAAUAGUAUAUAUAUGUGUGUAUAUAAUUUAUAAAGUAUAAGUGCAGUAAGACAAAUUUAUUAAUUAAUUUAUCUGGUAAUAAGUGACUAAUGUGUCAGUACUAAAGAUACGAUGGAAUAAAUUUAAUUUGAUUUUCAUGUGAUCUAACAUAUUUAUAAACAUUACUAAUUUGUUUAUAUUUUUUGGAGUUUGUCUCGAUUAAAUAUGUCUAAUAUGGAUGACGAUGAUCAGUAUCAGGGAGGUUAUGACGUCGGGUCAUUCCCUCAAGAUUUUGGCUACCCACCGUUUGUUGACGGUGAUGAGACCACAGAAGAUUCCGCUACUAAUUUAUUGUUAGCUGGCGAACAAAAACCUCGGAUAUUAUUGAUGGGUCUUAGGAGGAGUGGAAAAUCGUCAAUUCAAAAAGUUGUCUUUCACAAAAUGUCACCAAACGAGACACUAUUUCUCGAGAGUACAAACAAAAUAAUAAAAGACGACAUAAGCAACUCGAGCUUUGUACAAUUUCAAAUAUGGGAUUUUCCUGGUCAAAUAGAUUUUUUCGACCCGAAUUUCGACAGCGAGAUGAUUUUCGGGGGCUGUGGAGCACUCGUUUUCGUAAUUGAUGCCCAAGAUGAUUACAUGGAAGCGUUAAACAAACUUCAUUUGACUGUGACGAAAGCUUAUAAAGUCAAUCAGGCUAUAAAAUUUGAAGUUUUUAUUCACAAAGUCGAUGGGCUGUCGGAUGACUACAAAAUGGAAACACAAAGAGACAUUCAUACUCGAGCUAACGAUGAUUUAUUAGACUCUAAUUACGAUCAAAUUCAUUUGAGCUUUCAUUUGACCUCCAUUUACGAUCACAGUAUUUUUGAAGCCUUCAGUAAAGUUGUACAGAAGCUUAUUCCUCAACUACCGACACUUGAGAAUCUUUUGAAUAUUUUAAUAUCGAACUCGGGAAUAGAAAAGGCUUUUUUGUUCGACGUCGUUUCAAAAAUUUACAUCGCUACAGACAGUUCUCCAGUAGACAUGCAAAGUUAUGAACUCUGUUGUGAUAUGAUAGAUGUUGUUAUUGAUGUGUCUUGUAUAUACGGUCUUAGGGAAGAUUUAGACGCAGCGGCCUUCGACAAUCAAAGCUCAAGUUUGAUAAAACUUAACAAUGGAACAAUACUCUAUUUACGUGAAGUCAAUAAAUUCCUUGCACUAGUUUGUAUACUCCGAGAGGACAAUUUUGACAGACAAGGAGUGAUAGAUUACAACUUUCUGUGCUUUAGAAAAGCUAUUCAACAAGUGUUUGAAUUACGCAAUAAAACGUCAGAUACUAAUGACCACUCACCAUCUUCACCGUCAUCAGUACCACCCGCACCACCACUACCUCCUGCAGAAUCUCCCUCGUUGUCACCUACUAGUAAUAACGAACCCGCGGUCGGGAGUACCACCACGACACCACCAAUCAGUGCUUUAUCGCUGGCAUCUAACACAAAUCCUGCAGCAGCUUCCAUCAAUCAGCCUGCGGUGGGAAAUCUUAACCAGAACGGAUCUAUUGCCAUCGCACAAAAUUAGUUUAUUCUUUUUGUUAUGUUGUACUUUUAUUUUAUUUUUUGAUGUUUUUUCUUGUAAUAAUUUUGCUAUUUGUUAGCUGAAAGGAAUUUAUAGUUUUUUAUAUGAAGUAAACGGAAAGAACAAGAUAACACUGGAUAUCAUCCCAGAUUAUACUGAGUG